GUGACACUCGCGCGAUGUGAAAUCGUCACCCCCCGAAAUCGUUACGAAAUUCCGCACAAUCUUGCUUCAGCGCAGCCUGAAAUGCAUUUCUACCGCAAAAUACUGCCCAAACGCCUGCCGCUGCAGCUGUGGACGCGGCGCCAGCUGUGCAGCAAGCUUCCGGAGGAGGCGAAGGAACCGCCACCCGCGAACGUCGUCCGCGUUCGGUUCGCUCCCAGUCCAACGGGUUUCAUGCACUUGGGCGGAUUGAGGACAGCGUUGUUUAACUAUCUGUUUGCGAGGUCGCGUGGUGGGAAGUUUAUUCUGCGCAUCGAGGACACGGACCAGGAGCGGUUGGUGGAGGGGGCGCAGGAGCGGAUUUACGAGGAUUUGCGGUGGGCGGGGAUUGAGCCGGAUGAGAGUCCGUGGAAUGGGGGGGAGUACGGGCCGUAUGUGCAGAGUGCACGGUACGAGGUUUAUAAGCGGGAGGUGCGGAAGCUGAUGGAGGACGGGAGGGCGUAUCAUUGCUUUUGUUCCGAGCGGAGGUUGGAUCUGUUGAGGAAGGAGGCGGUGCGGUUGCGGCAGGUUCCAAAGUAUGACAACAAGUGUAGGCAUUUGACGCCGGGGCAGAUCGCGGAGCGGUUGGCGAAGAACGAUAAGUUUUGUAUAAGGUUUAAGGUUGCUCCGAAGGCGGACGAUUUUCACGACUUGAUUUACGGGAAGAUUGUGUACUUUUUGGCGCAGAACGAGGGCGAUCCGGUGAUUAUCAAGUCGGACGGGUUUCCGACGUAUCACUUUGCGAAUGUGGUUGACGAUCAUUACAUGCGGAUUACGCACGUGUUGCGCGGCGUUGAGUGGCAGAUUUCGACGCCGAAACACAUUCAGAUGUUUGAGGCGUUUGGGUGGCGGCCGCCGCAGUACGCGCACCUGCCGCUGGUGAUGAACCCGAACGGGUCGAAGCUGAGCAAACGGCAGGGGGAUGUGCAGUUGGAUUACUACCGGCGGAUGGGAAUCUUCCCGCAGGCGUUGCUGAACUUUAUCACUCAGAGCGGGGGUGGAUUCGAUCGGGAUUUGGUGGAGGUCACGGGCGUCCAGAUGGCGGACUUGAUCGGGCACUUUGACAUCAAGAAGAUCAACGCUCACUCGAGUCGGUUGAAUCCGGACCUGUUGAAGCAGUGCAACCGGGAAGAGAUCGCCCAUCAGCUGAAGCAUUGCCCGGAGAAGGCGGCCGCGUUGGUCCAGGAAGUGAUCCGGAUGGUGCGCGCCGAGUACAAGGACAACCUGAAGCAGCUCGAUCUGGACGAGAAGCACGUGCGGGCCGUUCUGGACUGGUCGGUGACACGAAUCGACGCCAUCCAGGACCUGGUCAAGGGGAAACUCUCCUUUUUGUGGGUCCUGCCGAAGGGCGCUCGCGAUCGCAACGUCGACGGAGACACGCUGGCCGUCCUCGCGAAGAACCUCGCCGCCGAGUGGGUGCCCACCUUCACCAAAGCCGACCUGAGUCGAUUCCUCAAGGCGUUCGCCGAACGCAACCAGCUUGCAUUUGACGUGCUCAUGAAGUCGCUACGAAGCUGCCUCAGCGGCCUGGACGAAGGUCCCGGAGUCGCGGAAAUGAUGGAGAUUCUGGGCCGUGAUAAAACGCUUGAACGGAUGCUGAUCGCGGCGAAAAAGAGAUAAACUUCCGGAGGGGAACGCAAGACUUUAUUAGAUGUACGAAUUGGUUGGUUAAGAUCAAUGCGUGUUGUGAGUAAUUGUAAAUACGUUUAGUUAGCGGAUUAAAUUUAAGCUACACCGUUA